AUGGUCAUCACCCUGAAACAGUUGUUGAUGUUCGCUGUACAAAUUAGUUACGGGCUUGAAUACCUCUCUUCCAAAGGUUUUGUACAUCGUGACGUUGCCGCUAGAAAUAUACUUGUAAACGGGAAAAACGCCUGCAAAAUUGGCGAUUUUGGACUUUGUCGUAAUUUAUAUGCAGAUAGUUCACUUUAUAAAAGCAAAGGUGGCCGUUUACCGUUAAAAUGGAUGUCACCAGAAGCUAUACGGCAUUAUGAGUUCUCAGCACAAAGCGAUGUGUAA